CAACUCAUGUUUGACCCAAACAAACGCCUCCUAACCUCCUAAACAGAGACUGUACGCAUGUGAGGGACACCUUUUAGCACUCUAAACUCUCCCGUUCUUGUCUUUCUGUACUGGAAAUGCAGUUUAAUUUGCUGUCGUGGACGGAUAAACUUUGAUAUGUUGUGGUUGAGAUGUUUUCGGUGCCUGUCAGCGGUCAGAAACAGGCAGGUUGAGCUCCACUUCAACGUGACAAGACGCUGCUCCACGCCUCAGGGUGCAGUGAGGGUCAGGUUUGCACCCAGUCCCACAGGUUUCUUACACCUCGGAGGCCUCCGAACUGCUCUCUACAACUACAUCUUUGCCAAGAAGUAUGGAGGCUCGUUCAUCCUGCGCCUGGAGGACACGGAUCAGAGCAGGCUGGUACCUGGUGCUGCAGAGUCCAUAGAGGACAUGCUGGAGUGGGCAGGUGUACCUCCAGAUGAGAGUCCUCGCCGAGGCGGGUCGGUCGGGCCAUACCUGCAGUCUCAGAGACUGGACCUCUACAGUCAGACGGCCCAGCAGCUUGUCGAGAGCGAUCACGCCUACUACUGUUUCUGCAGCUCCCAGAGACUCGACCUGCUGAAAAAAGAGGCCUUAAGGACGGGACAGACACCGAGGUAUGAUAACAGGUGUCGCCACCUUCGGGCCGAGCAGGUCCAGGAGAAACUGGCUCAGGGAGUGCCUCAUGUGAUCCGGUUUCGUCUGGAAGCAGGUGUUGAACCCUUUCAGGAUCUGAUAUUUGGACGGAAUCAUCACGAGGUGGCCCAGGUGGAGGGUGACCCUGUAGUGAUAAAAGCAGAUGGUUUUCCCACCUAUCACCUUGCCAACAUAGUAGAUGAUCAUUACAUGAGGAUCAGCCACGUGCUUCGGGGGUCUGAGUGGCUCAUCUCCACCUCCAAACAUCUCCUCAUGUACCGCGCUCUCGGAUGGCAGCCGCCCACCUUCGGACAUCUGCCGCUCCUGAUGAACAAAGAUGGCACCAAACUGUCCAAGAGGCAGGGGGAUAUUUUCAUUCAGAGCUUCCAGAGAGACGGAGUCCUGCCCGAGGCCCUGCUGGACAUCACAACCAACUGUGGGUCUGGAUUCAACACCAAUCGAAUUGGACGGAGGAUAGAUGAACUGAUCUCUGAGUUUAACCCUUCGAAGAUCACAACACAUUCUGCUCUGUUAGACCUGGAAAAACUACCAGAGUUCAACAGAAUUCACCUGCAGCACCGUAUUGAAGACGAGGAGCAGUGUGAUCUGUUGAUAAAAGAUCUGCAGGGAGAGAUCCAGCAGGCCUGUACAGCAGAGAUCCAGGAUGAAGAAGUACUACAAGAGGAUUAUAUCAGACGGGUGCUGCGUCUUCGUAAGGGUCACAUAUCCUCUCUGAAGGAGCUGGUGAGUCCUGCUUACUCUUACCUGUGGGUUCGUCCUUCCGUCUCCAGCCAGCAGGUGGCAGCGAUCACCACAGAGGCCCAGCACAUUGCUUCAUUAGUGCUCAAAUUAAUAGCUGAGCGAAGUGAGGAGCUGGUUGUGGAUCAACUCAGUAAAGAUCUGAAGACUCUGACUAAGCAGACUAAAGCCACCAAAUACAGAGAAGUGAUGAAGCUGUUACGUCUGGUGCUCAGUGGUCUGCAGCAGGGGCCCAGUGUAGCCGAGAUGAUGGUCUCUCUGGGGCCCGCAGAGAUCAACCAUCGAUUCCAGAAAAUAAUGCUGCUUUCAGGGACGAGUUAAAGACUUUACAGCCCGUCACCUCACAGACACAUGAUGAAGACGAGCUGCUGUCAAAGACAUUGGCCUGAAUGUUGAAAGUUACGUGAAACCACCUAGUGAGGCAGCCAAAGCUAACUGGGACAUUUUGAAAUGGACUGCACUCUACUGAUAUAAGUUAACUUGAAUUAUUAUGAUUAUUUUAUAAAAGAGAUUUAAAACAAAAAAUUGUUCACACUUGAUUGUUUUAUUCACUUCUGGGAUUUUACCAGGACCAGGUGACACAGGCAGCCGAGGACGGGAAGUACCUCUGUAAUUUUUUAUGCAAAUGUUCUUUUACUUUCUCCUGCAAAUCGUUAAAUCGUGCAAACCGCUAUAACGGAAAGAUGUAUAGUACAUUCACAAGAAAGCUUGUCCAAGAAAUCAUCAAUACCAAAUAUUUUAGCUUUUAUCCGCAUGCUAAAAGGAUGACACUUAAUAUUCCACUAUAAGUAGCAGAAAUUAUUUUUAUUUUUUUCACAAGUUAUAGAUGUUUUUAAUUAACCUUUUAUAUGAAAAAUUGCAUUCAUACCCAGCUGUUUCCCUGUCUUGUGAUAUGAUAUUGUAUUCAGAAUUGGAGGCUUUUUUUUUGCUUUAUUCAUUGUAUUUUUAGUUAAUGUCAAAGACAGUAAGGAGGGAGGAGGUUAGUUUUUUUUUUUAAUACUUAAUGGAUUUGUGUAGCAUUUAAUACUGAUUAUUACUGUUGUAUUUUGUAUUGACAAAGGAAGUAAGUGAAGUACAGUUUUAAAGUAUGUAUACUUAAAUGGCCCCUUUUUACUACUCUGUACCUCUACUUCAAUACUAUUCAGUAGCAAAUAUUGUAGUUUAUACUCCACCACAUUUCUUUGACAUAUAUAGGUAGUACUUUAUUCACUGUUAAAAGAUUUAACAGCUAAAUUAAACUACCCAACAGCCUACAAAGUACUUAAAACUAACUUUACCUCCACCAGGUACUAUAGCAGUGAAAUGCUACAUACAUAUGAAUGAACAAGUAUUAAGAAUUCAGUGCUAAAAUAUAGAAUAAUGCAAUACUCACAGGGGUUAGUUUAAUAAGUACAUUUGCUUUGUUUCCUUUGUAAUGGUGACAUUUGUUUUAGAUCAUUGUAUGGGUACUCCAAGUAUAAUACUACUUGUACUAAGGUAAAGGAUACUUAACCGCUGAUUUCAUCUGUGCAAUAUAGGCAGUGUGUUUGCUUUAA